CGUAGUGUCAUGGCCGCCAGCAAUGACGAUGGCGCAGCCUCAGCUGUAGCGGCCUCUGAUGGUGGUGUCAACAAAUGCACAAAAUCUGAGAAGGAGCUGGUAAUAGAGGUUCCUGUGGUGGAUGUGAAAAGUGACAACUUCAAGGAGAUAUGGCCGUCCCUCCUGCUGGCCAUAAAGACAGCUAGCUUCGUGGCUGUAGACACGGAAUUGAGUGGGCUUGGGGACAGGAAGAGCUUGGUAAACCGGUGGAUCGAAGAACGUUACAGGGCCUUGUGUCAAGCUGCCAGAACCCGUUCUAUCCUCUCCCUGGGCCUCGCCUGUUUCAAGCAACAGUCAGAUAAGGGUGAACAGUUUUACCUGGCCCAGGUGUUCAAUCUGACCCUACUAUGCAUGGAAGAAUAUGUCAUAGAACCAAAGUCUGUGCAGUUCCUGGUACAGCAUGGCUUCAACUUCAACCAGCAGUAUGCUCAGGGCAUCCCCUACCACAAGGGCAAUGACAAGGGUGACGAGAGCCAGAGCCGAUCUGUACGGACCCUGUUCCUGGAGCUAAUCCGGGCCCGCCGGCCUCUGGUGCUACAUAAUGGCCUCAUAGACUUGGUGUUUUUAUACCAGAACUUCUAUGCACACUUGCCUGAGAGCCUGGGAACCUUCACAGCUGACCUGUGUGAGAUGUUCCCAGCUGGCAUUUAUGACACCAAAUAUGCUGUUGAGUUUUGUGCCCGCUUUGUGGCCUCCUACUUAGAAUAUGCCUUCAGGAAAUGUGAGCGGGAAAAUGGGAAGCAGCGGGCAGCUGGCAGCCCACACCUUACCCUGCAGUUCUGCAGCUACCCUUCCAGCAUGAGGGCCCACAUUGACUACUGCUGCUGCACAUCUGCCACCCAGCAUCCCCAUCCCACCAGCCUCUGUGACAGCUUCUCGGCCUAUGGCUGGUGCCCCCUAGGGCCACAGUGUCCCCGGUCCCAUAAUGUUGACCUUAUCAUUGACACUGAUGAAGCUGCAGCAGAAGUUAAACAGAAAUGGCGGCGAAGGCGAGAAAAACGACGUAGAGUGUUGUUAGGACUGUCUGGCAAACAGACUUCUGGGCAAGCUGAAGAUGGUCCUCCCAUGAAGCAGGUCUGUGGGGAUGGACUCAAGACUGAGGAAAUUGAGCAGGAGAUGGCUGAGAAUGAGAUUACCAACCAGCCUGACUGUGAGCAAGAUCACAAAAAUGACCUGAAGACGGGCCUUAAAACAACAGGACCUGGAAGCACUGAUGUGGCCACCCCAGAUGUGCGAGGCAGUCAAGCCAAUCCCAACCGAAUGCCUGGGGAUGGGCUUCACCGAGCUGGUUUUGAUGCCUUUAUGACAGGGUAUGUGAUGGCCUAUGUGAGAAUGAGCCAAGGAACCCAACCCUGCAGCUCUGAACUUUGGCUACCUGAAUGCCACAACAAGGUAUACCUGAGUGGCAAAACUGUACCCCUCACAGUGGCCAAGAGCCAGUUCUCCCAUUCCUCUGAAGCCCAUGGCCAGAAGAUGAAGCAGGCCUGGGGCAGUAGCUGA